GCCGAUUGGAGGAACAAGGAGGAUUAUGACCAGAUUUUUAGGAUAUGUCUGCAAGCAGCAAAACGAAGAUGCCUACGCUCAAAAGAAGCUUCCAACAGGACGUAAGGAUGAAGCGGUUCAUGGCCAUGUUAAAUAGGAAUAAAAACAAGGACCCCCCACCUGCCAAGCUGCUGGAUCUAGCAGGACAGCUUUGCCAGGACCUCCAGAGCUCAUCUCCUAGUCUGGAGAAGCUGGUUGGGGCCAUGAUGGGAUGCAAACACAAGAUGUAUUUUCUCACUAACAUCCAUGUUGUCCGAGCUUGCGUGUUCGUUCAUAUUCAUAAUGGGCAGCAUGACACAGCCUGCAGACUCCUGGAGUAUUGCAAGGCUGAAGAGAAGGAGGAGCUGGUGCAACUUUGGCAUGAGAUUCACUACCAGAGGGUUAUGGAGAAACACCACACGGAUUUUCUGACACCACUGCAGAAAUUCCGUUGCAGGAAGAGGAAUCCUCCACCUAUUUCCCUUUGUCCUGAAGGUUUGAAGAACCGAAACUAUUCAGAUGAAGUACGCCAGCAACUGCGCAGGUUUGCUGCAGAGGUGACAACAAAUCCAAACAAGAAACAGCGGGAAGGAUUGGCUCGGGACACGAACCUGCAGCCAACACAGGUCUAUAAUUGGUUUGCAAAUUAUCGACGACGUCAAAAAUCCUGCCUCCCUCGUACAGAAAAGCUCAACAGCUCAUGUCCUGAGAGGGCUUUGACUUACCACACAAAGGAGCAGCAGGUUAAAGGAUCCUACAUUUCACAAACUGAAGAUGGAUCUUGUGUAGGCAUCGGCUCUGAGCAAAUGGAGAUAACCCUUGUGCCCUGUGACCCAGGGUGGGAGCAGUCAGCUGCAGAUCUGGAUAAGCCUCCUGAAGGAACUUAUUUAAAGAUGCUGGAAUCCAGCUUUAUGCAGAGCAGUGGGCUGUAUGAAGGAAGGACCAUUCACAACACUAAACAGCCUGUAGCUUUUUGCACUGAGGCUAUGCUGGAACCAGGAACGUGCUUUAACUCUGCUGUCCUGCAGCCCAGAGAAGUAGCAAGCAGUUCUGAUGCCAGCCCCCAGCUGGAUAACUUUGUCCUGUGCUCUUGUGGGUCCCUUACCUUCCCAGAUGAACGGCUGGCCAUGUGGCAGGCCCCUUGCAGCGCCAGAGGAGUCUCUGGUUCGAUGUGGACCCCAAGUAUAGAAGUUCCUGUCAGACUGUGUUUGGCAAGCCUCAGUGCCCACCUGUUUCUGCACCCUGCAUGGAACAAAGCCAAGCCUUGGGACAAAGCCAGGUCCUGGAGGAUCCAGUUGCUGACCCAUUAUCCAGUGACACGUUCUGGGCAGCAUGGCUGCUCUUUGAAUUCUCAGCUGGUGGACGAAUGUGACCUGCCUGCAGAGAUGCUCAAUGUGGUCUGCACUUCUCCAGGAAACACCCCA